UUUGUUCGUGCUUUGUACGGAGGAAACAGAUGUACAUACGUAGCUGUGGCGCCGCUACCCAUGUGAACACAGCGACAGACGCACAACGGCCAUCUAUGGUCGAUCGUAUUCCUGAAAAUAUUCCAUCAACACAGAAACGGUUCUGCCACUCUUUCACUAGCAGCCUUGACAAUAUUCCAGUCACAAACAAAAAUGCACAGUCCAACAAUGUCCUGACAAGGUUUCUUUCCCCGGAGUCAACCCCGCUUAUCGGUUGCCCACCAUCGAAAGAGGCAUAGAAGAAUCUAUUUUACCGUUCCAUUUCCCCGUCUCAAUCCCUCCAUCCUUUGC